UGCAAUAUAUAAUACAAGUUGAAUUGUUGUUGGAAUCAAAGGGUGAAGGAGGGCUGAGAAGAAAUCAAACAUGUUGCAGUGUAUAUUUCUUCUCUCGGACGCUGGAGAGGUGAUGCUAGAGAAACAGCUAACCGGGCAUCGCGUUGAUAGAUCAAUAUGUGAUUGGUUUUGGGAUCAUGUUAUCUCUCAAGGCGAUUCCUUAAAGUCACAACCAGUGAUUGUUUCACCCACUCAUUAUCUUUUCCAAGUAGUUCGAGAGGGGAUUACAUUUUUGGCUUGCACCCAAGUUGAAAUGCCUCCUUUAAUGGGCAUUGAGUUCCUUUGCAGAGUAUCGGAUGUCCUCUCGGAUUAUCUCGGUGGGCUGAAUGAAGAUGUGAUAAAGGAUAACUUUGUAAUUGUUUAUGAGCUUCUGGAUGAGAUGAUAGACAAUGGCUUCCCUCUCACGACGGAACCGAACAUUCUAAGAGAGAUGAUUGCUCCCCCAAAUAUUGUUAGCAAAGUUUUGAGUGUGGUGACUGGUAAUAGUUCCAAUGUAAGUGAUACCCUUCCUGGUGCUACAGGGUCUUGCAUACCAUGGAGAGCUGCAGAUCCAAAAUAUGCAAACAAUGAAGUUUACGUUGACCUUGUGGAAGAAAUGGAUACGGUUAUAAACAGGGAUGGAGUGUUGGUCAAAUGUGAAAUUUAUGGUGAGGUUCGGGUAAACUCCCAUCUGUCAGGUCUUCCAGAUUUGACACUUUCUUUUGCAAAUCCGUCUAUUCUAGAUGAUGUCAGAUUCCAUCCCUGUGUUCGCUUUCGACCAUGGGAGUCCCAUCAAAUUCUGUCGUUUGUUCCUCCUGACGGAGAGUUUAAGCUUAUGAGUUACAGAGUUAAAAAGUUGAAGAGUACUCCCAUAUAUGUAAAGCCACAGCUAUCAUCGGAUGCUGGGAAAUGGUGUGUUAAUGUGUUGGUUGGUUUAAGAAAUGAUCAUGGAAAGACAAUUGACUCAAUAACUCUGCAGUUUCAAUUACCUCCUUGCGUUUUAUCUGCUGAUUUGACUUCAAAUACUGGUACUGUAAACGUCCUCGGAAACAAGACCUGCUCUUGGUCAAUUGGUCGGAUUCCUAAGGAUAAAACUCCAUCGUUGUCUGGCACAUUGGAGUUCGAGUCUGAACUAGAGCGUCUUAAUGUUUUUCCCACUUUCCGAGUGGGUUUUAAGAUUAUGGGUGUUGCCCUCUCUGGCGUGCAAAUAGAUAAACUGGAUCUAAAGAGCACACCAAGUCGUCUGUACAAAGGUUUUCGAGCUCUAACACAAGCAGGAGAAUUCGAAGUGAGGUCAUAAUUUAAAUAUUUGUAUCAAGAUGAGUUGGUGAGGAACUUGUUUAUCAGUAUUCUUUGUGCCGGCUUCGUUUUCCCAGAAUUUACAUUGUUUGCUGAUCCAGAAACUGUUGUAUUUGGUACUUCUGAAAUAUGAGUACCUUUUGACAAACUAUGGCUCCUUUCCUUCCAUUUCCAAUUUCAGGAAAUGUUUGCUCUUAAUCAUCAUGGAUUACACUGAGUAAAAUCAAUGCCAUAACCAACUUUCUUGUCAC